CAGUUUUAAUUUGUUGAAUGAAAAUGAAAUAAUUACGCAUUGUUGACAUUUUUUAUAAAAUAAAAGCAAUAAUUAAUAUAUUAAAAAAAAAACUAUAAGUACUAUACUAAAAUGAAUUUAGUAAAAGUAAUUGUAUUAAUUUUAAUGAGCUCGUUUGUAAAUAUAAAUAAUGGAUAUAGAAUAUUAGGAAUUUUUCCAUCUCGUCCACGUAGUCAUCACAUAAUGUUUGAUGCAAUUUGUAAAGAGCUUGCUAAUCGUGGACAUCAUGUUGAUGUUAUGACUAUGUAUCCAAAUAAAAAUCCUCCAAAAAAUUACAAUGUAAUAGCUAAUUUUGAAAAAUAUGAUGAAUCAGUCGUAAAUAAAUUUAAUAUAUCAUUUGCAAUGAAAAUUGAUGGUAUUGUUUUGCGUCGUAUUAGUGAAUAUCAUGGUAAUAGAAUUUGUGAAUACCUGGGUCUUCCUGAAAUACAAAAAAUUGUUAAAAAUCCACCAACAAAUCCAGCUUAUGAUCUUGUUAUAGUUGAGUCAUUUGGAGCAAAUUGUUUUAUUGGAAUCGGUCAUGUAUUAAAAGUACCAGUUAUCAUGGCAAGUUCAACACUUGAUUUACCAUGGCUUGACAAUGCUCUUGGACAACCAGCAAAUACAGCUUUUUUUCCAUCAUUUUUUACUAUUAAUAUUCAUCCAAUGUCAUUUUUUACUCGUCUCUUUAACACAUUAAAUUAUCACAUUAAUUUAAUUGGCUAUCAACAAUUAACUAAAGCUAUUCAAAAUUCACAAAUGAAAAAAUACCUAGAUGACAAUAUUCCUCCAUUGGAAGAGCUUGAAAAAAAUGUUGUACUGGCACUUGUUAAUUCUUUUCAUAGUUUAAAUGGUAUAAGACCAAUUACACCAUCAAUCAUUGAAGUUGGUGGAUUACAUGUUAAUUCAAAUUUUGUUCCAUUGCCAAAAGAGCUAGAAAAAUGGUUAAAUGAAAGUACCGCAGGUGUAGUUUAUUUUUCUCUGGGUUCAAUGGUAAAUAUUGAAACAUUUGAAGAAAAUAUAAUAAAAGCAUUUUAUACAGUAUUUAAAAAAAUUCAUCCAGUACGAGUAUUGAUGAAAGUUGCAAAUAGAGAUAAACUAUUACCAGGUCUUCCUGAUAAUAUUAAAACAUCAUCAUGGAUUCCCCAAGUUGCUGUGUUAGCUCACAAAAAUACAAAAGUAUUUAUAACUCAUGGUGGUUUAAUGGGCACCCAAGAAGCAUUAACAUAUGGUAUUCCACUUAUUGGAAUUCCUUUAUUUGGUGAUCAACCUGCAAAUAUAAUAUACUAUUCAAAGCUCAACAUGUCUUUACAUCUAGAUAUUAAUAAUUUAACUGAAGAUACAAUCAGCCAUGCACUCAAUGAAAUAUUAAACAAUCCAAAAUACAAAAAUGCUGCUGUAUUUCAAUCAGCACGUUUUCUUGAUCGUCCAAUGUCACCAAUAGACACAGCAAUUUAUUGGACAGAAUAUGCCAUUAGAAAUGGUCAAAAUUCAUUACGAUCACCAGUUGUUGAUAUGUCCUGGUGGCAAGUCAAUUUAUUAGACGUUUAUUUAUUUAUUAUAAUAUUAUUUUUAAUUAUUUUAUUUACGAUAAUUUUUUUAUUUAAUAUGGCUUGGAGAAUUGUCUUAUCAACACGAAUAAAAAUGUGGUCAAUUAAAAUAAAUUUAUUUAUUUUAAUUUUAAUAUAUAUUGAUUGUAGUGUUGCAUUAAAUAUUCUUGGAAUAUUUCCAUUACCAGGAAGAAGUCAUUAUACAGUUGGUGAAGAAAUAUUAAAAGGUCUAGCUGAAAAAGGCCACAAGGUUGAUGUAAUAUCACAUUUUCCACAAAAAAAAGAAAUUCCAAAUUUCACAGAUUAUACUAUUGCUGGUUCAAUUCCAUUGAGUGUAAAUAAUAUGACAUUUCAAGAGAGUCAAAUGACUGGUGAUGCAUCAAUGGAACACAUUAUAAAUAAACUAGGUGAACAAACAUGUGAUUUACUUGAACAUUCACAAUUUAAAAAUAUUCUAAAAAAACCAAAAAAAUCAUAUGAUGUCAUUGUUGUUGAGGUAUUUUUUGCAAAUUGCUAUUUAGCAUUUGGUCAACACUUUGAUGUACCAGUUGUUGGAGUACUAUCAUCAAAAAUGCUUGAUUGGCUAUAUACACCAUUUGGCAAUGAAUUUAAUCCAGCAUAUAUUGGAACUAUUCUUUCAAGUUUCAGUCAACAAAUGAAUUUCAUUGAACGUCUGAAAAAUACAUAUAUUUAUUAUCUAACAACUUAUAAAUUUAAUUAUUAUGUUGAAAAACAGCUUUAUCAUGUUGAAAAAUACUUUGGACUAAAAUUAACAUCGAUAAAAAAACUUUAUGAUGAUGUUGCUCUUUUACUUGUUAAUUCACAUCACAGUAUUGUUGAAUUAAAACCACAAACACCUGAUAUUAUUGAUAUUGGUGGUGUUCAUGUACACUCAAAGGCAGAAUUAACUCCGGAUCUUAAAAACUGGCUUGAUGAAAGUAAAGAUGGUUGUGUUUAUAUUUCUUUUGGAUCCAUGGUAAGAAUUGAAACACUACCUGCUGAACAAUUAAAAGCAUUUUAUGAGACAUUUGAAAAUAUAGCACCUGUUCGUGUUCUUAUGAAAAUUGCUGAUCCAAAAUUAUUACCUUCUAAUCUUCCAAAAAAUGUUAAAACAUCAACCUGGCUACCACAAGUUGCAGUGUUAAAACAUGAAAAUACCAAGGCAUUUGUAACUCAUGGUGGUUUAUUGGGAACACAAGAAUCCAUUGCUUGGGGAGUUCCAUUAAUUGGAUUUCCUUUAUUCGGUGAUCAACAUGCAAAUCUUGAAAAUUAUGCAAGAAAAAAAAUUGCUGUUGUUUUACAAAUUAAAUCAUUUAAUUCUGAAAAAUUAACAAAUGCAAUUAAAAAAGUUCUAAAUGAACCAGAGUACAGAAUUAAUGCUAAAAAAAUAUCUAAUAUUUUUAUGGAUCGACCAAUGAGUCCAAAAGACACAGCAGUUUAUUGGAUUGAAUACAUUGGAAGACAUGGUAAUUCCUUGAAAUCACCUGCAACAAAAUUAUCCUGGUGGCAAUUAUAUUUGUUAGAUGUUUAUGGAUUUGUUUUUUGCUCUAUUAUUAUUCUAUUAUAUAUUUCAAAAAAAAUUAUAAACUUAUUGUACAAACUUUUUUCGUCUAGAAAAUAUGAAUCUAAAAAUUCAAAAACAUCUCUUAAGAAAAAACAAUAAAUAAUCUAUAAUUAUCAUUAAACAAAUAAAUUUUAAGUAAAAAAAAAAAAUAAAAAUUCAAAUUUGUUACUGUCGCAUGAAUUUCGACAAUGAA